CAAGGGCUAACCGAAAGCUUCUACUUUCUUUACAGGUGGCUACUACAUAAUCGAGCGCAAGACGCUGAAACUCCAGAUCGUUGUACUGAACACGAACCUGAUGAAAAGGAGCGACCAAGACGAAGACGCUGCGAGACAAUGGGAGUGGCUUGAGAGGGUGCUGCAAAAGUUUCAGAGGAACGGCGAAACGAAGACGUGCCUUCUGCUAGAUAUCGCAGUACCUGAUGACUCCAACGUGCUGCUGAAAGAAUCUGUAAAGAUCUCAAAAUAUGAAGACCUAGAGAUCGAGAUCAGCAAAAUGUCUAAACAACUACCUUCAAAUAUUACCAGGCCUGCCUAG